AAUAAUCCUAAAUGUGUCUACAAGAUCCAUCGUUGCCUCGUCUUCAAAAUAAUCUGACAAAAUCACUCUCAUUCUCAGCCCUCUACUUGUACAAAGAUUCAAAAAACUAGUAAUUGUUAGUAUACUUUUAGUACAGUCAAGUCAACAUGGAGAAAAACAACGAAAAAUGUAUGAAAGAUAAUUCAAGCGGGUUGAAGAGUUACAUUGAAAAAAGUGAAAUCGUCCUAGUGAGGGACGUUACGAAAAGAAGAAAGUUUUGACAAACGUUCGAAUUUUUUAUACCCUUCAGGACCUUUCGAAAUUUCUAGAAUUUAAAACUGAAUUGAUCACGUGAUAAUGGCUAGCAAAGUGAGACAACUAAUCGCCAAUAAAGAGAUGAGAGAUUAUCUCAUGAGCACCCACUUUUGGGGACCAGUAUUCAAUUGGAUGAUUCCAAUUUCUACAAUAAGCGAUAUCCAAAGAGAACCAAAAUAUAUAAGUGGAAAUAUGACUCUAGCACUUUCACUUUACUCACUGGUAUUUAUGAGGUUUGCAGUGAAAGUUAACCCCAGGAAUCUAUUGCUCUUUUCAUGCCAUGUAGUAAACUUUGGAGCGCAACUUACUCAAGGAUAUCGAUUUUUGCAGUAUCAAAGAACAUUGAAAAAUAAAAAUAUUUAAGAAAUAAGAAUUAAGUACUCAUAGUUAGGAAAAAAUUUCAUCGCGUGAAUGAUUCUUAUUUUUAUUGUAACGUGUUUGUCUCAUUUUUUUGGUACUUCAAAUUAAUUGUUUUUGUAAUACGUGUACCAAAAGUUCCCCUUCCCAUGCUUGUAUCACAAAUUGCUAUUGUCACUGAAACCUGAUGGGGAAUUUAAAAUAAUUUUCAUAGCCCAUGCACGAUUUCUACCCUUUUCGUAGCCUAUGAAGCUAGCCAUAAAUUCUACUUUUCAGUCUCUAGGGAGAAACGGGUGCUUUUCACGCCCUAGGGCGUAAAGAGUGUCAUCAGAGUUAAAUAAUGAAAAUUAACAAGCGAUCAGUGUAUCGCGUUGACAGAUUGGACAACUCAGAGCUAUAAAUGACUAUCAUUAACAAUAAAUUAUAUAAAGGGUCUGAAAUAAUGCAUUUCUUGUAAAAACUAUCGUAUGUACGAAAUAGGGAGGAAAAUUUUUGAGUUUCGCGUAUUUUUUCAGUGGUUUAAAAAAGACUCUCACAUAUGCUAUACAAUGUUUCAGUAGAUUGAUCAAAAGACUUUGUUUUUAUUUAUUAUUUUAGUCAGAAAUGACUCAUUAUUAUUUAUGUAAUAAUACUACUCUAUUUUACCUCUUCUGUACAAAAUAUUAUUUUAUUGGUUCUAAAAAUCUAGUUUUAUGUUGCACGAGAUUCAUUUACAAUAUUCAGAUUAUAGUUUAAAUAGUCA